CGUUAAUGGCGGCGCUCUCGUCGCGCCUCCCCGGGAACCGAGGUUACCCCACGACGCUUGGCGCCUUCUGCCGUAUCGAAGCUGCAGUGAGCAGCAGUGAGCGUCGGUGUGCCUAAAAUGGCGGACGGUGACAUUGAUUUGUACGCCGACGAUCUCGAGCAAGAUUUCGCGCAGGAUGAAUUCGCUGGGGACGGCGUUGAUCUCUAUGACGACGUGAUUGCCGCCCCAGCAGGUGGCAAUGGCGGCGUAUCUUCCGGGAACACCGGCGAGGGUGGUGGCGACACCACGUCUCCGAACGAGGAGACCAACGGUAACGCGCCCUACCAUCAACUUGGCAACAACAUACAGCCCAAUCAAAUUGGGAGACGACACCAAUUAUACGUUGGGAACCUGACAUGGUGGACAAGCGACCAAGACAUAACCGACGCUGUUCAAAGUAUCGGUGUAUCUGACUUUGUGGAGGUAAAGUUCUUCGAGAAUCGUGCCAAUGGUCAAUCCAAAGGUUUCUGUGUAAUAUCCUUGGGCUCGGAACAGAGUAUGAGAAUUUGCAUGGAGAGGCUACCUAAGAAGGAGUUGCACGGACAGAAUCCCGUAGUAACUUUCCCUACGAAGCAAGCUCUCAACCAAUUUGAGUCGCAGUGUAAGACACGACCUGCCCCAGCUCCGCAACAGAGUCAAAGCCAACGUCCUCAUAACCCGCACCAACAUCAGCCGCCAAUGCCGCCGCAUCAACAACAUCCCCAACACCCUCAACAUCCUCAACAUUCCCAACAAAAUCACGGUCCUAGAAUGAUGAUGGGCCCGCCACAGGGUGUGAGACCGCAGAGAAUGCCGCCACCUGGGAUGGGCCCACCAGGUCCUGGGGGACCAGGCCAGCAGGGCCCGCCACGUAUGCACGGCCCGCCGCUAGGACCAGGUCCAGGUCCGCAUCAUCCGUUGCCCGGUCAUCCUAAUCAAGGGCCGCCACCUGGCUACCAGCAGGGGCCGUGGAACGGGCCGCGUCCGAAUGGUCCGCCCGGACCGCCUCGAGGACCUAGUGGACCUGGGGGUCCACCUCAACAGGGUCCACCUGGCCCGGGUCCUGGCCAACAUAGACCCCCUGGAAUGCAAUUUCACGGUGGUCCACCGGGUCCACCUGGACAAGGGCCUCCACGUGGCCCUCCUGGACAUCCUGGCGGACCUCCGGGUGAUCCCAGGGGUGCUCAGCCACGUCCGGAAUGGAAUAGACCACCAGGAAUGCAUCAUGGGCCUCAGGGACCACCAGGUUUCCCUCAACAUCAACAUAUGCAAGGGCCGCAGCCUGGCCAAGGCCCACCACAGAGAGGACCUCCUCCAGGUUCUAUGGGUGGUCCAGGCGGACCGCCGCCCGGACACGGUGGUCCUCCGCAAGGUCCUCCUCAGGGACCGCCGGGUGGCCCAGCACCUCAUGUGAACCCAGCAUUCUUUCCGCAAGGACCGCCCCAUCAACAUCCUGGUCAACAUCCGCCGGGACCUCCUGGCCCGCCUCAUGGCCCGCCACAUGGGCCACCUCACGGUCCACCUCAUGGACCACCUCACGGCCCGCCUCAUGGACAGUCGCAUGGACCGCCGCAUGUACCACCACACGGUUAUGGACCACCAAGUGCACAAGCUCCUUAUGGAGCACCUGGACCUGAUCAUCGUCCAGAGGGCCCCCCGCCGCUCACCGAGCAAGAGUUCGAGGAGAUAAUGGGCCGUAAUCGUACAGUGUCCUCGUCCGCGAUUGCUAGAGCGGUAUCCGACGCCGCGGCAGGUGAAUACGCAAGUGCCAUAGAGACCCUGGUGACCGCUAUCUCGCUGAUAAAACAGUCGAAGGUAGCCGCAGACGACAGAUGCAAGAUCUUGAUCAGUUCCCUCCAAGACACCUUACGCGGCGUCGAGACCAAGAGCUAUGGAUCCGGACGUAGAGAGCGUUCACGCUCGCGUGACCGAGAGCGCAGCCAUAGAAGGCGACGCGAGCGGUCCAGAAGUCGGGACCGUGAAUACCGGGAGCGUAGCAGAGACCGCGAGCGGGAGCGUGACCGGGAGCGUGAUCGCGAGAGAGAGCGAGAUCGUGAUAGGGACAGGGAACGUUAUUACAGCGAACCAUAUCCGAGAGAGCGUUCACGCAGCAGAGAAAGAGACCGCGAACGUGAAAGAGAUCGUGAAUAUAGAGAGCGUAGCAGAGAAGAAAGGAAUGGCACGAAUGAAACUUAAGAAAAAAAAGAUAUGCGCGUUAAUGAGACGCGUAUAUUUUCAACAGCGGAAUAUCGUGCAAACGUUCCUGCCUUCUAUACUAUAAAUUAAGAAUAUCAUAUAUUAUUUUCAUGUAAUCUCCAUAAUCUCAUAACUCUGUUGAAAUACCUUAUUAAUUGAUAUCUAGUUAAAGAUGAUAGUAUGCGUUUAUCGUUACGAUCUACUACCCACCGACGCUUAAAAGGGUUCUCUCCUUUCUAAGAUAAAUUAUUUCUGCAUGAUUUUAUACGCAUCCAAUGUUUUAAUUUUAUUUACAUCCAAGAAUUUGACAUACCCAAGGGGGAAUGAAUCUUAGUCAUUUUAUACAUAUUUAUAUAUAAGUUACGUAAUGCAUCAAACACAUUUUUAAGCCGAAGUUUUUUUAGAUAUUUAAUGACAAAAUUUUAAGAAAUUGUUUCGGACCACUUGCACAUUUGACAUCACUUGACUAGUACGAAGUUGCGUUGUAAAAUUUUUUUAAUUUGCCGAAAUAUGAUUAUUUGCGCAUUAUCAAAUUUCGACUUGUACCUCAUGAGAGCCGGAGAAAUUUUGUAAUUGAAAAUUUUCAGACAUUACGCUAUGUAAAGUGCAACUGUACACAAUUCUAUUCAUAUUUAAUAUUAUUAUUCAGCAAUGCGUGGCAUGCUACUUAAAUGUUACUGGAACAAAAUAUUAAUUGCUGGUUUUUUUUUUAGCUGAACCAUUCGAGAGAACGGCAUAUUAAUAAUGAAUUUCAAAGUGCAAAGUACAAGGUUCCUUUAAUGAAAUUCUAUUGCAUUUAAAUCUUCGAGAAACAGCACUUGUUAAUAAAAAAGAAAUACGAAGCCGUUCUCAUAUGCAGUAUUAUUGCAAAUACUUGAUGAUAUACAUCGUAAUAUAGCAUUACCGCAGAAAAGCAUCACAUAAUUAUAAUGUGAUAUACAUGUUUUGCGGAUAUAUCUUUGGAGAAACAUUAUAAGAAGCCGUGCACAAUAUAUCCAUACUGUAGAAUUAUUUCUUUCUAAGAGACAAAGUACAAUAUUUAACGAAGGCAGCAUCGUAAACCUUCGUUUUAGUAAUAAAUUGUAUCGAUUAUUAAUCAGCUUCAGCUAUUAGAAUUCUAUUGUUGAUGUUUUGUGCACGGUUUCGUGCGAUCGCGAGCAUACAAUCGUCUGCAUAAUUUGUUCCUAUAUGUAUUUAUCAGUUUUUCACUCUCAGACUUUGUUUGCUAAGUGCUCAUUACCUCGAGAGAAAGAGAGUUCUGUUGUUACUCAACAGAACUCGGAAACCGCAACCAUUCCGUCGACGUACUAUAAGCCAUCGUUGCGAUUAUUUGUCAUACUUUUGAUUUCACGUAGCAUUUUGUUUGCGUAAUAGAGCGCGGUCGCUCUCGUUCGAGAAUAAAAAGUUGCCUGGGAGAGAUAUGUAUGGACGGUAAUGGGUAAGUGCAACACAACCGAAAGCCAGCUCUAUACAUUUAAUUAUACUUAAUUUUAAGCGUAUUAUUUUUGCGUACAAUAUACUCAAUACGAGACGGAUAUUUUUCUCAUGAAAAAUAGACACUUCUAUUUACUUUCAUGAUAUUCUCUUUAAAAAAGAAAGAGACAAGAGGACUUUAUCUGUAAACGAUUUUAUGUAUAAACGUAACUUGAUAUUUUGCAAAUUACAUUAACAUGUUGCUCACUGUGCGCAUGUUGCUAAAAUCCUAACAAAGGAUACGUUUUCUUUUUAUUUAUAUACACGAAUUUUGUUAAAAUAAUUUGAUAUUACACAUAUGUAUUCAAAACAACAAUUGCACGGCGGAGAGCAACAUGUUAAAACCAUCUAUACAAAGUGCUUCCUUUUUAUAUGAUUCGAUCUCGCCGUAACUGUCUAUUAGCAGAAUUAGUAUCAGGAGAAAAUGUAUGAUAACAUUAUAAGCCCCUCUCAGAAGAUCCGUAAUUCACAUCAGAUCUCAGGAUAAUAUUCUGUUUGUAAUUUUAAUGUCAUGUAUUUCGAAAUGUAUAUAUUUUAACGUAUAUUUUAUCUCUGUGCACAUUUCUGAUUCUUCAAAAGUGUGUUUUUCGUGCGGUACACGGUAUAUAAAAUUACAAAUAAAACUUUAUCCUGAAUUGUAAUACUUGAAAUGUGGUUCAUUUAGGGCGGGCUUUAUUAGAAAUACUUGUCAAUGUAUAUUUUUUCUGUCAUCAAUAGUCAAAGCACAAUGUUUUAUUUUAAUACGUGAAAAUUUUAAUACUUGAACAAUUGCAAUUAUUACCGUUUCUAAAAUGCUAAAAAUGUCGAGCGUUGCGAUCUCAAUCUGCAAGAAUGGAAGCAUAAAACCAACAACCUAUCUGAAAGGAAAUAUUUUCUGCUUCCAAAUUGUAUUAUAAAAUUUAUUGGAAACAUAGAGAUAUUGACAUCUCUUGCGAUUUAUUGUAAAAUGAAGUGUCUUCUCCGCGAUUGUGCAAGCUUCGCAAGUUAUGGCACUUUUAUGAUGUUGACUAAAAGAGUGAAACGUCCAUUUAUGAAUAAUUUAGUGUACAGUGACUCAAUACUUUGCUCAAAAAUUCUCAAUGCUCAAAUCGUAUGAUGCCAUAGCUAAAGAUAAUACAUACAGAUAUAUUGGUAAGAACAUUUUGAAUCUUAAUUUGAUAUCUGUAUUCGAUAACUUUUUAAUACUUUUUUAAAUAAUUAUAUAUACAAAAAAAAGAUUAUAGAGAUAAAUUGUGUAAAGAGCUAAGUAUAGCUAAGAUAUUAUCUAGUCACAUUACGAUAGAUUCUAUCGGAUAGAAGAUCACGAAAGUUUUGUAUUUUAUUGCCAUUUGAACUGUGAUACCGAUAUACACUUAUGCAAAAGUCUCUUAUUAGUAAAUAUUUUUCUAAACUUAGUAAUUCCAUAUCAUGAUGAACUUUUGAUUUUGCUUUCAUGUGAAAAGGAUAAUGUUUAGUGCUAUCGCAUUACGAUGCACAACGUAUUUAUAGAAAUAAUGAUUGAAGUCUUCACAAGACUUGUGUGAAUAAUUUUUAUAUGGAUUUAUUUAUAUUCGUAAGAAUACACAUAUACCAAUUUAAGUAUCUAUACAAAGAUCUUGCCAUAAGUUUACAGACCUGACGCUGUAAAAGUAUAUGCUGCAUAUAUUACAGUAAUGUCAACGUGUAUAACGUUAUGUUAAAUCUCGAUUUAUUUAAUGUAUCGCGAACGAUCUGGAUUUUGAGUUUUACCUUGCUAAAGAGCUGCUUGCAAAACCAUAACAAGAAUUAGGAAAUGCCGAAUGUGUGUGUAAUAGGCCACGUACGAUGUUAUAUUUACACGUUGUACGCGUGUAAUUGUAAUAUGUAUUUCGAUAACGUCAAAUAAGGUAAGUGAUAAGACAAAUAAUGUAAUAUUCAUGUAAAUCUAGAUGUACACUUAUCCUCUUCCCAAUCUCUCGCAAAAAGAAGUUAAUAAUGCGGCGUCAGGGAUCAUGCGAGAAUAUUUCAUUUACUGUACAUGCAUGUCCAACAACUCUGUACGCGAAAAGGCUAUAAUCAAUCGUUGCAGUUGUGAUUAAUGAUAAUAUUACAAUUAUAACGAUCUUAUAAAAAAUGGUACAUUUUGAUAGUGAAAAGCAGUAAAUUUGAAAAAUGCGUGGCUCUGUCGUGAUGAUAUAGUAAUAAUGUUUGUAUUAUAUAGCGAUUUUGUUCUGUCUUACAGUUUACGAUGUUCUUCUGUACUGUCCAACACUUGCAACUGUGAUAACGAAUGUACCGAGAUAAUAAAUCCAAAUAUUUGCGACGA